UGUGGACUUCGUCGUCGUCCGUGACCGCUAGGGAAGCUGGCUGGCAACGGGGCACGAAUUCCGAAGCGUUUCUUCCCCACCGCGUUUGCCCUGCAAAAGCUGAGCCACGCACGAUUGCCAGCCCAUUGCACUGCUGCCACACCUCCUCUCUGCAUCGGAUCCGGUCUCACGUUGUGGUGUGGUGGCCGCACCGCCGCUUCCCUGUACCGGUCUUUCCGGAUCGCGCCUUCGUAGAAGAAGAAGUAAAAACAGUGGCUUUUCUUCUUCUUGCCUUGUCGGAGUUAAUCGGCUUUCUGCUUUUCUUUGCCUGACCUUUAUGGCUUAGCUGGCCUCUGCCGUCGUUUGCUAUUGCGCGUCACAAUUUCAAUUCUUUCAUCCACCCUUGGACGUUUGCAGACGACGAACAGUUGGAAAGAAAGAGUGAGGGACACGGAGAGGGAAAGGUAGGGAUUUUUGAGGGCUCCGUUGCGAUCUUAAUUACGCCUCUUAGAAACCCCAUCGAGAAGAGGAUACCUAGGUCGGCUAUCGCCACUCGCCCUAAAGAAGCAAAUUUUGGAAUCUUUAAAUCGCCAUCUCUUUUCUCCUCGGCUCUGUUUGUACCCUUCUUGCCUGCUCUCUUGUUUUAAAGAGGGCAGAUAGAAGGGUAGGUUUUGAUAAAGGUGAGAUUUUUAUUGUUCUUUUGGGAUCCUGUAAGAGGACGAAAUGAGUUUAAGCCCGGCUUUUCUCCAUCCCUCUCAGUUUGUCGAGCUAGAUUCGAUCCAUUAAAACGUGAAGAUUUCGACUUUGGUGGUGUUCUUGUUAGAUUUCUUUUUUCCCCCUUUCCAUCUCCUUUUUCCAGUUCAUAUAUGGAUGGGCGAGAUGCCAUGGCGAUGUCCGGCGCGGGCUCAUACUACGUAGCUCACAGAGGAAUCCCUGGCUUUAUCGCCGGCUCGCAGUCUGGAUUGCACCUGACAGCACAGCCCGGGGUCCGUUCCAUACCGAACCUUGGCACCGGUCUGGCCGUCCCUCCUUCCGGCAUUGGUUCAUUGGCGUUUCAGGUGGAGUCUCCACAUGCGCUCUCGUCCCACGGAGGCGAUGUACUUGGCGAAGGUGUGAACCAGACGGAGCCCGUGAAGAGAAAGAGAGGACGUCCUAGAAAGUAUGGGCCAAAUGGAAGUGUAGCUUUAGCGCUCUCCCCUAUUUCCUCCUCUGCCCCCGCUGGCUCCGUGAUCGGGUCGGCUUCAGAUUCUGGCGCUCCUACGCAGAAGCGGGGGAGGGGGCGGCCGCCGGGCACCGGGAGGAAGCAACUGCUAGCAUCACUUGGAGAAUGGGUUACUGGUUCAGCUGGAAUGGGUUUUACUCCACAUAUCAUAACUAUCGCAGUUGGUGAGGAUGUUGCCACAAAGAUAAUGUCAUUCUCACAGCAGGGACCAAGGGCUGUUUGCAUCCUUUCAGCAAAUGGUGUUGUCUCUACUGUGACCCUUCGGCAAUCUGCAAAUUCGGGUGGCACAGUCACUUAUGAGGGCCAAUUUGAAAUUCUUGGUUUAUCUGGUUCAUACAUGAUAACCAACAAUGGUGAUUCGCGGAGCAGAACUGGAGGAUUGAGCAUCUCGCUUUCUAGCCCUGACGGUCGGGUAAUUGGUGGUGGGGUAGCAGGAGUGCUCAAAGCUGCCACCCCCGUACAGGUAAUUGUAGGAAGCUUCAUUUACACAGGAUCUAAAGCGAAGAACAAAGCAAAAGCUAGCAAUGAAACAAACCCUGAAGCUGAGCUUCAGCCCGAGGACGAGCAAGCUACACCGUUGGCUGCUCUUCCCAAUCCAAACCUUACGUCUCCAAUCAUAGGGGGGUGGCCUGGAUCGAGGCAAUUCGAUCUGAGGAAUGCUCACAUUGAUAUCGACUUGACACGAGGGUAGAUUAUCGUAACUGUCGCGCCUAAACCUUGUUCAUAUCAGUUACCAAAUUAACUAGUUGUAAACUGGCAAAGAGACCUGCAGGCUGUAGUGGUCGUAUAUUUAUGUUUAAAUGUGUUGUUGUGUUCGUUCGUUUCUUAGGCUUUAUAAACUCUGUUGAAAGAUGACUUCGCAAUCAAGCUUAGUGUCUUCUCUGUGA